UUAUAGAAGGCUUUAGCAGUUUAGCCCAACGAUAAGGUGCUCUGUUUCCAUUUCUCUGCCUCUGCAAACAGUUCAACACUAAAAAAAUUCUCCCCAUUAAUCUGUUUAGAAGGAAAACCAGACACAAUGUACAAGAUAGCAAGUGCGUCGGAGUACCUAGCGAUCACCGGCUUCGGAAUUGACGAUAUAAAACUAGCAAAGAAAGCAUGGGUCCUCCCGGGUCAGUCCUGUACCAAAUUCGAUGUCUCCCCUGUGAACUACACUUUCCAAGUCCAAGCCAUGAGCGCAGAGAAGCUCCCUUUCAUCCUCCCUGCAGUCUUCACCAUCGGCCCUAGUAUUGAUGACGAGGAUAGCCUCGUCAAGUAUGCCAAGCUCAUCUCCCCACAUGACAAGCUCUCCAACCAUGUCAAGGAGCUAGUCCAAGGGGUAAUUGAGGGAGAGACUCGAGUUCUGGCUGCAUCAAUGACCAUGGAAGAGGUCUUUAAAGGCACCAAAGAGUUCAAACAAGAAGUCUUUGGGAAGGUCCAGCUUGAACUUAAUCAAUUUGGGCUCUUGAUUUAUAAUGCUAAUGUUAAGCAGCUGGUCGAUGUGCCGGGUCAUGAGUACUUCUCCUAUCUUGGCCAGAAGACCCAAAUGGAGGCCGCAAAUCAAGCUAGAGUUGAUGUUGCAGAGGCCAAGAUGAAGGGCGAGGUUGGUUCAAAGCUCCGUGAAGGGCAGACCACACAGAACGCAGCGAAAAUUGAUGCGGAGACUAAGAUUAUAUCGACGCAGAGGCAAGGAGAUGGGAAGAAAGAAGAGAUUAAGGUGAAAACAGAGGUCAAGAUUUUUGAGAAUCAGAAAGAGGCCGAGGUGGCUGAAGCCAAUGCUAAAUUGGCAACCAAGAAGGCUGGGUGGGCUCAGCAAUCCCAGUUAGCAGAGGUAGAGGCAGCCAAGGCAGUGGCCAUCCGAGAAGCUGAGUUACAGAUGGAGGUCGAACAAAGGAACGCGUUGACUCGCACGGAAAAGCUCAAGGCCGAGUUACUCAGUAAGGCCAGUGUUGAGUAUGAGACAAAGGUGCAAGAGGCGAAUUGGGAGCUCUAUAAGAGACAGAAAUUGGCAGAAGCAAUUUUGUAUGAGAAGGAGAAGGAAGCAGAGGCACAGAAAGCAAUGGCAGAAGCAAGCUUUUAUGCCCGUCAACAGGUUGCAGACGCGGAACUGUACGCGAAGAAUAAGGAGGCUGAAGGGCUUGUGGCACUUGCACAGGCACAGGGGGUCUAUCUGCGCACCCUCCUUGGAGCCUUGGGAGGCAACUAUGGUGCAUUUAGAGACUACAUGAUGAUCAAUGGUGGAAUGUUCCAGGAGAUUGCGAAAAUUAAUGCAGAGGCCGUGAAAGGUUUGCAACCCAAAAUCAGCAUUUGGAGCAAUGGGAGCAGUGGCAGUGAGAUGGGAGAGGGUGCAGGUGGGAACAGUAGUAGCACAGCAAUGAAGGAGGUGGCCGGAGUUUACCGGAUGUUGCCACCCUUGUUUAAAACAGUGCAUGAGCAAACUGGGAUGCUACCACCGGCAUGGAUGGGUUCAAUGACAGAGUAAACUAAACUGCCAAUUAAGAAUUCAUCAAUUGAGUCAUAGAGAAAUAAGUGCUCAAGUUGCAUCUCUUUUUUAUUUCAGCAGAUUCUCAAUCUAAAAAGGUCUCAAUUUUUAAAUCCUCAACUCAAUACGUUUAUAGUACUAUGACUAGAGGGUUAUUGUAUGAGGCUGUUUCUUGAUGCUCCACUAAGAAUGAAUUCUCACUUAUGAUACUGUCAA